AUGAUUUUUCUAAAAAUAAGUUUAUAUGUCAUUGCACAUCAGUCAAUUUUACACACAGCUGUAACUGCAAUGAAUGAUGUGGAUGAUUUAAAGUAUUUCAAUCGGCGGAAGGCUGAUUAUGAGACAUUCCUAACGCCGACUGACUUCGCAAUGGCUUCAGAGCUUGAUGAUCACUGGCAAAAUAGUGAUGACUGGGUUCUUUAUAACACCGAGAAAUUUGAGGGUGAUAUGGAUAUAAAUGUCAUUGAUUUGGCAAAUAUCUAUCGAAAUGUUGAUAACGACGAUAUAAAUUCACAAAACAAUGUACUAUAUAAUGCGGUACGAAAUCGACACCAACUGUGGCCUAGUGCCCGAAUACCAUAUGCUAUAAGUAGCCAAUACAGUCCAUAUAGUCGGUCAAUAAUAGCAGCCGCAAUGGAGGAAUAUAUGAAACAUACAUGUGUUCGUUGGGUACCACGAUCUGUUAAGGAUUAUGAUUAUAUCUACAUAGUGCCCGAUCGAGGUUGUUAUUCAAUGGUUGGAAAAACUGGAGGUAAACAAGCGGUAUCACUGGGUACGGGGUGCAUACAAAAGGGCAUCGUAAUGCAUGAACUAAUGCACGCGGUUGGGUUUUUCCAUGAACAGUCCAGAACUGAUCGAGAUAAGCACAUAACAGUGCUCUGGGGAAAUAUACAACCUGGAAUGCAGGGGCAAUUUGAAAAAUAUGAUCACGGCAUGGUCGAUUCACUCGGUGCUGACUAUGAUUACGAUUCGAUUAUGCAUUAUGGACCUCGAGCAUUUAGUCGCAAUGGUCAACCAACGUUAGUGCCGAAAAUCCCUGUUUCUAUUGGUCAGCGAUUGAAUUUCAGCACGCUCGAUAUAUUCAAAAUCAAUAAACUUUACAACUGUUCAUUACGUGUAACUGAAACACAGAGAAUAGUAGCAACUACAGCAUCUGAAAUCAGUCAGGAACCCACAAAUGCAUCCAUACACCUGAUAAUAACUGAGUCUUGUAAAAACAUUCGUUCGGAUUGCGACGAACUCGUCACUUACGGAUGGUGUAUAGGUAAUCCGCGAUGGAUGAAGCACUACUGCUCAAAAAGCUGCGGCAUGUGCAGCAAUUUCACAGUUCAGCCAUGUGUAGACCAACGGCUAGAUUGUUUUACACUUCUGCAAAAUGGUCACUGUACAAUUUCGAAUGCAUUCAUGCAGGCUUUCUGCUCAAAAUCAUGUGGUUUUUGCAAAUCAAUAGAGAUGUUGAGCAAUAAAACAGCGGCAACAACAAAAUUACCAACUACAACCCUAACUAUGACAACAGAGGCGACAACAAAGAAAUUCAGCAGAUUGAAACAAUCGUUCGGAACUGCAUGGAGAAAGCUAAUCAGUUCAAAAAUAAAUCCUGCUGAAGUAUCUUCUACGCAAAAACUGUGCAGUGAUAGGAAACGUUUCUGCACUCAUUGGAAAAAUGUUGGAUUCUGCAAAGGAUUGUUUUCCAGUUUUAUGAUGGAAAACUGUCAACGGUCAUGUAAAACAUGUACCGAUGAAUAUGAUGAUAAAUAUUCCAAAUAA